GGGCGGAAGUCGGGAGGUUCGGUAGUCCAAAGACGCUGGCUUGUGACAGGGCGGGGAGAAGGAAGGCCUGCGUAAAGGUUGCCUCUCCAACCCUUCGUUCCCGGGCACCCUAGGGAAAAACCAACACCUCGGUCCGCUGCUAGCCCCUUCCACCAGGCUCUCCUCCGCUCAAUUUCGCCACCGUUAUGUGGGAAGCAAAUCCGGAGAUGUUUCACAAAGCAGAAGAAUUCCUAUCUAAAACCACAGACAGUGAGGUGGAUGAGAUGGACACAUCAGACACCCAAUGGGGCUGGUUUUACUUGGCAGAGUGUGGAAAGUGGCACAUGUUUCAGCCGGAUACCAACAUUCAGUGUUCAGUUAGCAGUGAAGAUAUCGAAAAAAGCUUCAAAACAAAUCCUUGUGGGUCCAUUUCUUUUACUACUUCCAAAUUCAGCUACAAGAUAGACUUUGCAGAAAUGAAGCAAAUGAACCUCACCACUGGGAAACAGCGCUUAAUAAAAAGAGCCCCCUUUUCUAUCAGUGCUUUCAGUUAUAUCUGUGAAAAUGAGGCUAUCCCCAUGCCACCACACUGGGAGAACGUGAAUACUGACGUACCCUAUCAGCUUAUUCCUUUGCACAAUCAAACACACGAAUAUAAUGAAGUUGCUAGUCUCUUUGGGAAAACAAUGGAUCGCAACAGAAUUAAAAGAAUUCAGAGAAUUCAAAACCUAGACUUGUGGGAGUUCUUUUGCAGGAAAAAGGCUCAGCUCAAGAAAAAAAGUGGUGUGCCUCAGAUUAAUGAACAAAUGCUAUUUCAUGGUACCAGCAGUGAGUUUGUGGAAGCAAUUUGCAUUCAUAACUUUGAUUGGAGAAUAAAUGGUAUACAUGGCGCUCUCUUUGGUAAAGGAACCUAUUUUGCUAGAGAUGCUGCUUACUCCAGUCGCUUCUGCAAAGAUGACAUAAAACAUGGAAACACAUUCCAAAUUCAUGGUGUAAGCUUGCAACAGCGGCAUCUAUUUAGAACAUAUAAAUCUAUGUUUCUUGCUCGAGUGCUAAUUGGAGAUUAUAUAAAUGGAGACUCCAAAUACAUGCGACCUCCCUCCAAAGACGGUAGCUAUGUGAAUUUAUAUGACAGCUGUGUGGAUGACACCUGGAAUCCAAAGAUCUUUGUGGUGUUUGAUGCCAACCAGAUCUAUCCUGAGUACUUAAUAGACUUCCAUUGAUUUGACUUCCAAAUCUCAGUGGUCAAAGAAGUUUAUUCUUUUUUGCAGGAAGAUUUGCUCUCCUGUCAUCUAGCCACUAAAUGUUAAUUAUCUGACACUUUUGAAACCCAUAUGAAAAAAAAAAGUGGCCUCCAUAUAAAGACAUACUGACUUUAAGGUUGGUUUUUUUGUUGUUUUGUUUUUGUUCGUUAUUCAGUCUUGUGUGUUAAAAAUCGACACCAUUGCCAUUUUAACACCUUGCAGUGAAAGAUAACACUCAAAAUUGAAUCAGCUGAGUCUCAAUUAAUAUGAUCAUUUAGAGUUUUUAAAGUUUGUGUGUUAUCAGAAUGAAUGUUUUCAGUUCAGAUAGAUUUAUUCAUAUAUAUGUUCCAAAAAUACGUGUAUAGACAUAAACUUGUCCUUCAUAGGAACUGAUCCAUUGUAAAUUGAAUUAUGAUAUCACUGUCCACUGAACAACAUGUUGCUUUGUUGGUCUUCUGAAGGGGGCAUCUGAAAUGGUGAAGCAGUCUGAAUACCUUAAGAGAAGUCAGAAAUACAAAAAGUAUUUGCAGUGCUACUAUACAAGCUGGAAGGAGAAGUCAAGGUAGCGUGUCCUGCUUUUGAGUGCUGGGGACAGCAGGCUGCAGUCCCAGACUUGCUCCUGUCACUCUCUUGUCACCUGCCUCUGAACUGACAGAUGCUGCAGCUGUGAUUAUGCAUCCAAUGAGGCUUUGGAAUUCUUGUACCAAGACUUGUGCCCAAGGUGUUUAUAGCAGCUUUGAAGUGGAACUUUUAUUUAUUAUUCAAAACAUUUACUUUCCCUUUGUUUUGGAGUACCUACAGUGAUUAUUUCUAAGAUAUUUUUAUCUGCUUUCCCAUGAGAAUUUUUCCCAUAAAAUUCUCAUUUCCCCAUUUUGAAUCAUUGUGAAAAGCAUGGGAUUCGUGGAACAAAUCUGGUGUAUUCCUUUGAGUAGUGAUUGAAAAUCUAAGUCUCUUGAAAAGUUAGACAAAAUUCACAAUCAUGUUUAAUGAAAGUUUGUUUACCUGUUCCAUCUGUUUUGCUAUCCUAUUCUAAGGAGGAGUGAAUAAUGUUGCAAUAGCUUGCUGACCCUAAAGGUAUUUUAGCAGACAAUGGGCAACAUCUGGGCAGAAAUGUUAUACAGCAGUUCAGGUGUCAGAUGGGGGAUUGGCUAUACAAUUGUUAAGAGUUUUUCCAACCUUGAGUCUACCAGGAAAAAAGAAAAGAACACUUGUAUCAAGUCUUUCUCAGAAAAGAUUUUUCUAAUUCAGUCUAAUACUGAAUUCUCUCUUCAUUAUCAUCACCCAGUUUGGCUGAGAGAUAGUGAACAUAAUUUAACUUCUCAAGACAAACCCAAUAAAUGUCCCUGUCUGUGUUGUUCAGUUCAGUCAUUUGAAUUGGGAAGGCAUCUCAGGAAUAAUAAAAAUAGAGAGUAUGGAACAAGGUUAGGUGUGGUAAUUCUCUACCUGCCAUAUAUCCCUACUUGUUUCUUAUAGCCCAGAAUCCUCGUGAUUGUGCAGUCAACAGUAAGUAGUCCACAGGAAAUUGCACAUAUAAUACUCUGAAACCAAGCGACAGGACAGAGUGCCUGGCUCAGAUGUGCUGACUGACCGUUGGUUUUGAUGAAGUGCUGUUAAUAUUUAGAAAGAGCACAUUUUAGAAACAUGCAGAGAACAUCAUGGACAUAUGGGAGAAAAAGCCCCUAGACUGCCUUGUGAGUGGUAGCACACCAUGCCUUAGCCUUGUUCACAAAAAACUGUGGUAGAAACCUUGGGAAUUUAGGUUUUGAAAAUCUUUUUGUGCUAUUUAUUUCUGUUUAUAUACCAAAAAAGUUUAAAUAGUCUCCUCUUCAAUGUGGCCAUCUCUUUUCUGAUUCAAGAUGAUUGCCUCUGCCAUCACUUGCCUGGAAUAACUGAAUGUUGUAGCAUUGGGGCUGUUUUUCUGUUAGACACGUGCAGGUCUUGUCUCAAGGUGACUAAGAGCCCAGAGCUGAAGUUUGCAAGACAAUCUGUCUGAACUCUGAACUGAAUUACCAAGUAGAGUGCACUGCAGUGGACAUUGUCAGAAAGAACUGUUUGAGAAUUUACUGUCAAUUCCCUUUUUAUGAGAAAGAGACAAUUUUGAUAAAUUUUUUCAUGUGAUAGCUUUGAGUAAAUUGGUACUAAAAUUCUAUUUCUUUGUUUUGAUUGGUGGAUUAAGUUGAGAAUCAUAACGGUCAGUAUGUUAUAUAUUGCUGGACUGGACACAACCAAUUGUCAUCUAUUUCUCCUGUCAUCAAUUAGCAUGGGUGGGAGAGUGAAGAGAAGGCCAUUCAAGGUUAAAGAAUAAAUGAUUUAAAAAAUUCUACAUUGAAUCAAUUUCAGCCUAUAGUGACUUUUCUUUUUCACUUUGGUGAUAAUCAGCCUCAGGGUUAAAAAAAUGUGUUUAUAAGAAAGUUUCAUAAAUCUUGCAGUUAUGAAGAGGAAGGUUUUGUGUUAGUGCAACUUUUAUUUCUUGAUUUACAGUGAUGAUGAUAAAGAAUUUGGAGCCAUUUUGAUAUGUGAAAAUAUUUUUACAUGUAGUGGUUAAAGCUUUCCAUAG